CAAAACCAACAAUCCUUCCUUUCCAUACAUGCACUACACCCACUUCCGUUCCUGCAGCUAUAUAUAUAUAUACCACCACCACAUUCCCAUCUUACGAAACCAUCCACACGAGAAGAAGAAGAAACAAGCCAUACCAUAGCACACACCAAAGGUUACUCAGUCACAUGGCAACAUCCAGCACGGGCUGUCUCGUCUUGCUCUGCCUUGCGUCUCCCCUCCUCCUCCUUCCCAGUGCGGUGGUCCUUGGCCACCCAUGGGGUGUCGGCGGCGGCGGCUUGUCCCCACAGUUCUACGACCACUCGUGUCCCAUGGCGGAGAAGAUUGUGCAGUCCGUUGUGGCGCAGGCUGUGGCCAAGGAGACCAGGAUGGCGGCGUCCUUGGUCAGGCUGCAUUUCCAUGACUGCUUUGUCAAGGGCUGCGACGCUUCGGUGCUGCUGGACAACAGCAGCAGCAUCGUUAGUGAGAAAGGGUCCAACCCGAACAGGAACUCCAUCAGGGGGUUCGAGGUGGUAGACCAGAUCAAGGCUGCUCUCGAGGCUGCCUGCCCGGGCACAGUCUCCUGCGCCGACAUUCUCGCCCUCGCCGCUCGUGAUUCCACCGCCCUGGUUGGUGGCCCAUACUGGGACGUGGCGCUUGGGCGGAGGGACUCGCUGGGCGCAAGCAUCCAGGGCUCCAACAAUGACAUCCCAGCCCCCAACAACACGCUCCCCACCAUCAUCACCAAGUUCAAGCGCCAGGGCCUCAAUGUCGCUGAUGUCGUUGCCCUCUCAGGCGGUCACACCAUAGGCAUGUCUCGGUGCACCAGUUUCCGGCAGAGGCUGUACAACCAGACAGGCAACGGCAUGGCCGACAGCACGCUGGACGUGUCCUACGCCGCGCGGCUGAGGCAGAGCUGCCCCCGCUCUGGCGCCGACAGCACCCUCUUCCCCCUGGACGUCGUCGCCCCAGCCAAGUUCGACAACUUCUACUACAAGAACCUCCUGGCCGGCAGGGGCCUUCUCAGCUCCGACGAGGUUCUGUUGACCAAGAGCGCCGAGACGGCGUCCCUCGUCAAGGCGUAUGCCGCCGACGCCGGUCUCUUCUUCCGCCACUUUGCGCAGUCCAUGGUCAGUAUGGGCAACAUCUCGCCGCUCACUGGGUCACAAGGUGAGAUCAGGAAGAACUGCAGGAGGCUCAACAGCGGCCACUGAGGUCGGUCGCUUUAUGUGCGUGGUGCUGCUGGUGGCGUGUUUUGUUUGAAUAAGAAAGCAUGGCUGUGGUUUUAUCAGAUGCUCUGGUUUUUUUUUUGUGUGUGUGUGUGUGUUUUAUUUAAACACAUUGUAAAAUGUGUGUCUAUUAAUUAAUAACUCAGUAUAUGAGAUGAGUUCAUUC